GACAGCUCCAACGACCAGACAGACCAUCCAUUGAACUCCAUCCUCUUUGCUCCGCCUACCUCCUUCUUGAACCUCUACACCUCCACAUCUCCCCCUCCCCUCCCCUCCAUCCUCCCUCUCCAACCUACCCACCGCCAGAAUGUCGGGCUACGACCGAGCUCUCUCCGUAUUCAGCCCAGACGGGCACGUCUUCCAGGUUGAAUAUGCCAUGGAGGCCGUGAAACGAGGAACCUGCGCCGUCGGUGUCAAAGGCCGCGACGUCGUGGUGCUGGGCUGCGAGAAACGCUCCGCGCUCAAACUUCAAGACACGCGCAUCACGCCGUCCAAGAUCGCCGUCGUCGACAACCACGCCGUGCUGGCCUUCGCUGGCCUGAACGCCGACGCCCGCAUCCUCAUCGACAAGGCCCGUCUCGAGGCUCAGUCCCACCGUCUCACCGUCGAAGACCCCGUCACCAUCGAAUACAUCACGAAAUACAUCGCCGGGGUGCAGCAGCGUUACACCCAGAGUGGUGGUGUCAGGCCUUUCGGUAUCAGUACCCUCGUCGUCGGGUUUGAUCCGAAUGAUCAGGUGCCGAGGUUGUAUCAGACUGAGCCGUCGGGGAUUUAUUCUGCUUGGAAAGCAAACGCCAUCGGCCGCUCCAGCAAAACGGUCCGCGAGUUCCUCGAACGCAACCACCAGGAUGACAUGGACCGCGAACAGACCAUCCAACUCACCAUCAAGUCGCUGCUGGAGGUCGUGCAGACCGGCGCCAAGAACAUCGAGGUCGCUAUCAUGUCGCCCGGCCGGACUAUCGAGAUGCUCCCGGAUGACCAGAUCGAGGCCUACGUCAAGAACAUCGAGACGGAGAAGCAGGAGGAGGCCGCUAAGAAGAAGACCGGUCGCGGUGGCACCACGACGGCCGCCAUACUUACUCGGCCGGGCGGUCAGGAGUAGAUGAUUCUUUAUCUCUCUGUGACUCCUACCGAUCAUGCGUGCUUUUUUAUCUACCUACUACCUAUCUACCUACCUACCUACCUACCGGUAUACCUAUUACCUACGUCUAGGGAUCUUGCAGAAGCGGGUUGCUUUAUGUCUAUGUCCAGUUCACGAAUAAACUCUUUCCGUGCC